AUGGUUAACUUGUAUAACAGAGUUCGGCGUGAAAGCGAUUAUGAAACACUAAAGGCUUGUUGUUCUUGUACAUCGAGUCUAGCGAGUUUGCUUUUCCCUAAAUAUAAAUGGAAUGGUUUGUUUUACUAUAUGUUAGAGAAUUUGGGUUCAGUUUCAAAGAGAAAUUUGGGUGCGUUGCUUUUAUGGGAUGAAUUGAUACCGAAAUGUCCUGAGAUUUUUCAAUCGCAUGUUGAUGGUUUGAUUGAGGGGUUUACAUAUCUUAUGCCUACUGUAACCAGAGAUCAUCGAUCUAGGGUUAUUGCAGCUAGGGCUUCUGUGAAAUUGAUUUUGCAUUCGUCAAAUCCCGCCAGUUAUUGCAAGUUUUAUGGUCUUUUAGGGAGUGUUCUAAUGACUUUGAUAAUGUCAUGUUCCAAUGAGGAGGACCUUGUGUGUAGUGUUCUUGAGGAUCUGAUUGUUUUAGCUGGUGUAGCGACCGAGUUUUUUGAAAAUGAUAUUGGUGUUUUGUUCGAGUCUAUGGUGAAAUUGGCUGAGUGUGAAAAGUUAGGGGAGAAAUUAAGGCAACUUGCUAUGGAGUUUGUUGUUACUGUAGUCGAGAAUAGGGAGAUUGGGCGUGGGAUUAUGGAGAAAGUACCAAAAGAAGAAGUUACUAAGCUGCUUAAUGUGUUGAUUAAGAUGUUGGUGCAUAUUGAAGAAGACCCUCGUUGGGAAAAUGCAAUUAGUGAUGAUGAUAGAAAUGAAGAGGAGCUUAGUAUAUGCAGUUAUGGUAUGGAGAGUUUAGAGAGGUUAGCAAUUGCAUUAGGGGGAGAUGCAAUUCUACCUAGUUGCCCUGCAUGCUUGUUCAAGUUCUUGGAUGAUCAAGAUUGGAGGAUUCGUCAUGCUGCCGUUACUGCUAUUGGACUGAUAUCAGAAGGAUGCUCAGAGGCACUGUUAGCGGAGAUGGUGAAAUUUGGACAGUCUAUUGUGAACCUAAUGUUUGAUAGCCACACCCGAGUACGUUGGGCCACAAUUCGUACAAUUGGUCAGCUAUCAACCUAUCUGAGCCCGCGUUAUCAAGACGAAUAUCUUUGGCAGCUCCUUCCAGCUUUCCUAGAAGUAUUGGAUGAUUUUCGUAAUCCCAGGGUGCAGACACGUGCAGCUUCAGUGAUAUGGUUGUUCAGUCACAAUUGCAGUGCAGAUGACUUGAAACCUUACCUGCACAAAAUAGUGAAUAAAUUAGUCGGGUUUCUACAGAGAGGAAUGACAAUGAUGAAAGAAGCAGCUCUUGAAACUUUAGCCUCUUUAGCUACUUCAUCGCAGCAAGACUCUGCUUACAUAUAUGAUUCUAUAAUGCCUUAUCUGAAAGUCACCUUGGAAACUGCUACUAAAGAUACAAGUCGCACGCUACUUGCCAAAUCCAUGGAAUGCAUUACCAGGGUUACAAUGGCUUUUGGAAAUCAAGCAAGCCGUGAUUAUGUUGAAAAGGUCACUGCAGUACUCAUUUCACUGCAAGAAACUCAAACAGAGAUAGAAGAUCCAACGAGGAAAUUAUCGUUACUGGCAUAUGGUAGACUAUGUAAAUGCUUGGGGGAAGAUUUCCUUCCUUAUCUAAGUCUUGCCAUGCCCAUUGUGCUAAAAUCUGCUCAGCUAAGUGUUUCCAAUAGUUCAGAUAGAGAUGAUCCUGAUGAUGAAAGAGUCCAUAGUGAAGUCACCGCUGGGAAUAAAAAGAUCGGGAUAAGAAGUGCACUUCUGGAAGAGAAGACCUUGGCCUGUCAUAUGCUAUGCUGCUUUGCAACUGAGUUAAAGGGACGGCUGCAUUUAUGGGUUAAUGAGGUUGUUAGCGCUUUAGUUCCGAAUCUUACCUUCGAAUUCAGCGACGAAGUGAGAAUGACUGCCAUUUCUGCAAUGCCGUUACUGUUAAAUUCAGCUUCUUGUGCUAUGAAGAAAGAGCUUCCUGUAACAGGUUGUGGCAAGUGCCCAGUUCAAAAGCUAUCUAACACUAUCAUCCUAUCUUUGCUUGACGCGCUAAAGAAGGAGUCAAAGGUACAAGUUCAAGCAAGACUAAUGGAGGCAUUCAACGAAAUCAUUCAGAUACCGGAUUCAGAUCUAAGUAAACAGCAAGCUGAAAAUUUUGUUGAAGGCAUAUCAAAGGUUCUCUUAACUUGCUCAUACCGCAAAAUAAAAAGAGAGAAAAGAGCUAAAGAACACACAGAUUCAAGGGAGCAGAAACUACUCAAGGAGGAAGCUCAACAACACUUAACUAUCUGUAGAAACAUUGGCAUUUGCCUUGGAACUAUGGUGAAAAAACUCAAGGCAUCAUUCUUUCCCCUUUUAGACAAGUUAUUGCCUUAUGUAUCACUUAUGUGGAGUGAUGAUAGAACAGCAGAAGAAAGAAGAAUUGUAGUGCACCUCUUCCGUGAUGUUGCUGAGCAGUGCCGCGAAGAAGCAUUCAAGCAAGUCCCUUAUGCGAUUUUUAAUGUCUUAUUAGUCAUGAUAAGCUCAAUUGCCUUAGAUGAACGUCAUUUUUUAUUAUUAUUUUAAAAAUUAGGUACUAUGAGGACUGGAUACCUCUCCUGUUU